AUGGCCAGUUCCAAGGUGCUGUCUUUCUUCGGAGGUCUCACGCGUCGGAAGCCAUUGGAGCCAGAGGGAGAGCAGUCCAGCUUCCUCCGCUGCCUCACAACACUGGACCUUGUGGCCCUGGGGGUGGGCAGCACGCUGGGCGCUGGGGUCUAUGUGCUGUCUGGGGAAGUGGCCCGGGGUGUGGCAGGUCCCAGCAUCAUCAUCUCCUUUUUCAUUGCUGCACUUGCGUCCGUCUUUGCUGGAUUGUGCUAUGCCGAAUUCGGCUCUCGUGUGCCCAAGACUGGUUCUGCCUACCUCUACAGUUAUGUCACAGUGGGGGAGAUUUGGGCUUUCAUCACAGGAUGGAAUUUGCUUCUCUCCUACAUAAUAGGUACUUCCAGUGUUGCCAGAGCUUGGAGUGGAACCUUUGAUGACCUUCUUGGAAAUGUCAUUGCCAAUACUUUGAGAAAUCAUACAGCUAUGGAUUUGCCAGGGCUGGCACCCUAUCCAGACUUCUUUGCAGCUGGUCUCAUCGUAUUACUUGCCGGUCUACUAGCUUUUGGCGUCAAGGAAUCCACAACAGUUAACAAGAUUUUCACAGCUGUUAACAUAAUAGUGCUGCUGUUUGUUAUAAUCUCUGGCUUUAUCAAAGGCAACCUUGACAACUGGAGAAUCAGCAAGGAAACUGUCCUGAAUGCUACUGUAGAGGAUAAAAAUCUGGUUUCUGCAGAAAAUGUGACAAGUAAAUUUGGAGUUGGUGGAUUCUUCCCUUAUGGUUUUGAGGGAACACUGGCAGGUGCAGCCACAUGUUUCUAUGCUUUUGUUGGGUUUGACUGCAUAGCUACCACAGGUGAGGAAGUGAAGAACCCACAGAAGUCCAUUCCCGUGGGCAUUGUCUCCUCUCUAGUCAUUUGCUUUCUGGCUUACUUUGGAGUGUCAGCCUCACUGACUCUGAUGAUGCCUUACUACAUGCUCAGCAUCCACAGUCCUCUGCCUGUGGCCUUCUCCUAUAUUGGCUGGGAACCUGCCAAGUACGUGGUAGCUGUUGGAUCACUCUGUGCACUGUCCACCAGCCUCCUGGGGUCAAUGUUUCCAAUGCCUCGGGUCCUGUUUGCCAUGGCACGAGAUGGGCUUCUCUUCAAAUCACUCAGCAAAGUGAGCUCUCGCCAAAGUCCUGUCAUGGCUACACUCUCAUCAGGUUUUGUGGCAGCAAUCAUGGCCUUAUUGUUUGACUUGAAGGCUCUGGUUGACAUGAUGUCAAUUGGAACUCUGUUUGCAUACACACUUGUGGCAGUUUGUAUUCUUAUACUUAGGUACCAACCUGAUAUUUCUGAGGACUCUAAAAGUGUUCAAAAAGCACAAGUGAGCUCCAGGUUAAAAGUUUUAAACCCUCCUCCAUACCCAACAUCACAAACCUCCAUAACAGUAUCCAGCUGUAUGGUAUUAAUCAUUGUUCUGGUCAUCACUCUCAGCAUUAUUGUAACUAAAGCUAUUAACUGCUUGUUAAACAAAGAGGUGUGGAGUUUAGUCGUUGUGUCCCUGACUGCGCUGAUCCUUCUGCUUGCAAUUGCUCUUAUCUGGAGACAGCCUCAAAGUCCAACAAAGGCCACUUUCAUGGUCCCUUUUCUGCCAGUGCUUCCUGUGUUGAGCGUUGUUGUUAACAUUUAUCUGAUGAUCCAACUCGGUUCUGACACCUGGAUCCGCUAUGCAAUCUGGAUGGCAGUGGGACUUCUCAUCUACUUUAGUUAUGGGGUGCGCCACAGUGUACAAAAACGACGGAUGCAAAGUUCACAGAAAGAAAUCAAGAGUCAAGUCAAAGCUCAGACUAAACUAUAG